AUGGCAGCCUCUUCUGUUCAGAAUCCCGUCACUCAGGGCGAGGCCAACCCGUCCAAGAAGAAGAAGGCCAAGGGCACUGCUGCUGAGCGCAUCGAAUCCCCCGCGCCGACUGCCGCUUCCGAGGCCGGUGACGAUGCUGGCGAGACCCCUUACAUUCGUGACAUCCAGAAGAACAUCCGCAACAUCAACAAGAAGAUUUCCAACAUGGCUAAGACCGAGACUGUAGUCGCGGAGAAUCCUGGCAAAUCCCUCGAGGAACUCGUCGCUGCGAAGCUCAUCAAUGCCGAUCAGAAAGCUCAAAUCUCCAAGAAGCCUGCCCUGCAGGCUCAGGUCGUCCAGCUGGAGGAGCAGCUCGUUCAGUACAAGAAGAUCGAUCAAGAGUACCGUACCCGCCUCCAGACCGAAAAGGCUGAGCUCGAGAAGACCCUCACCCAGAAGCUCGAGCAGGAGAAGGUUGAUGCCGUCAACGAGAUCAAGCAGAAGCUCGAGGCCGACCACGUCAAGGACCUGCAUGAUACUUUGCUCCACCUAUCGCAGUUUCUCCGCCUCGCUGCCGCCCGCCGCUCGGAGGACGUUGACCCCAUGCUCGACGAGAACCUGGCCCUGGAGGGUAUACUUCUCGGCGUCUACGGCGGCGAUGAGAUUGCUGUCGACUGUAUCAUCAAGCUCACCAAGGGAACCGAGGAUCGCACCCAGAGCGUCAAUGGUGAUCUUCUCCAGACUACCUUUGCUCAAGUUAAGGCCCUUUCUGAGGCCUUCACCAAGGCUCACUCCGAAGACGUUGAGGCUGAGAGCCAGGAACAAGCGCCCACGGCUGGUGAGGCGACUACCGCCGUGACUGAUCCGACCGUUGCCAAUGCUAGCCUCACCGAGAUCAAGGCUGGCGAGGACACUGCCUUGACCAAUGGCCAUGCUGAGGAGCAAUCCGCCCCUACCCCAGCCAACGGCACCGUUACCAACGAGACCGCCAACGCCUCGGGCGAGAAGUGGGAUACUGGCACCUCGGGUAACGAUCUGAGCGGCUCCACUAUCUCCCAGGAAUGGGUUAACGUCUCUCGCGAGUCCACCGAGAUCAAGGCCGGCCAGGCUACCGAUGAUGCUCCUGCUCCCAACGGCCAAUCUUGGGCCGAUGACCACCCUGAACCGUCGUCCGAGCCCGCUGCUCAGCAGACCGAUGCCAACGACGGUUUCCACCAGGUUCAGGGACGCAAUCGCAGCCGCAAUGAUCGCGAGGGUGGCGGCCAGUGGCGUGGACGCGGCCGUGGCGAUUAUCGCGGUGGUCGUGGCGGCGGUUACCGCGGCGAUGGCCGUGGACGUGGUCGCGGCGGACAGCGUGGCGGAGCCGCUCGCGGCCCUCGUCGGACCGAGGAGUCCUAA